CUUCCCCUUUACGCUUCGUCCUCUCUCACUCUCUUCUUCCUGUUGCCUUCUACGUUUCUGUGCGUUUUUACAACCUAUUCUAUUUUCUCUCUCCCGUCUAUCGCCCCAUUCCUUGCCCCUCCCCUGGCUUUUAUACUAUUUCGCGGGAAUCUCUUUAAAUUCCGUAUACCACCUCUAGAAAAAAAUAAGCUGUCUUAACUUUUGAUUUCUUUGGUUUAUCGGAAAUGAUGAUGUCAAGGCAAUACCCCAUCUGAAAUGCCAUCCAGUGCGUCUCUGGACGCCUGAAGCAGCACAUAGAUUUGAUGUCGCAAGAGGGACUAUCUCAUUGAAUUCACUCCUGGAGAAUAGUCAUGAUGGUGUCAGGGACCGGGUGGAUUCUCUUCUGCCUCUUUCUACUGGGGGAGAGAACAGGAC